GGUGUUUAAGUGAUUAAUUAAUGGGUUGGUGUUGUGAUCAUUACGUAGUGGAUGUUGUAUAGGCAAUAUUUUGUUGCAAUCACUUUCAACUUCAAGUGUCAGUUACUUUGUUAGUUAAAAUGAGUGGUGGAGCACUUCAGAAAGCUAUUGAUUUGGUGACAAGGGCUACAGAAGAAGACAGGAAGAAGAAUUACAGUGAAGCUUUCAAACUGUAUAAUCAUGGGGUUGAAUAUUUUCUUCAUGCCAUUAAAUAUGAAGCACAGAGUGAAAGAGCUAAGGAAAGUAUUCGUGUUAAAUGUACCCAGUAUUUAGAAAGAGCAGAAAAACUUAAGUCUUAUCUGAAGAAGGAUAAGGAAAAGAAGCCAGUAAAGGCAGGAGAAAAUGGAUCCAAAAAAGAAGAAAAUAACAGUGACAGUGAAGAAGAUGAUCCAGACAAGAAGAAACUUCUUAAUCAGUUAGAAGGUGCUAUUGUAAUGGAAAAACCUAAUGUCAUGUGGGCUGAUGUGGCUGGGUUAGAAGGAGCUAAGGAGGCUUUGAAAGAAGCUGUGAUACUUCCCAUCAAGUUCCCUCAUCUUUUCACGGGGAAAAGAAAACCUUGGAAAGGAAUUUUGCUUUUUGGACCACCUGGUACUGGAAAAUCUUUUCUUGCCAAAGCAGUAGCAACUGAAGCCAAUAAUUCCACAUUCUUUUCAGUAUCUUCUUCACAUCUAGUCUCCAAAUGGUUAGGAGAAAGUGAAAAACUGGUCAAAAACCUGUUUGAAAUGGCUCGUCAGCAUAAGCCAAGCAUCAUCUUUAUAGAUGAAAUUGACUCACUUUGCAGUUCACGAUCGGAUAAUGAAUCAGAGUCAGCUAGGAGAAUCAAAACUGAAUUUCUUGUGCAAAUGCAAGGUGUGGGCACUGACAAUGAUGGAAUUCUUGUUUUGGGAGCAACCAAUAUCCCAUGGGUCCUAGAUGCUGCCAUCAGAAGAAGGUUUGAGAAGAGAAUCUAUAUUCCUUUACCGGAAGAAAUGGCUCGGCUUCAAAUCUUUAAGCUUCACAUAGGGAAUACUCCUAACUCAAUGAGAGAAGAAGAUCUCCAUAUCCUUGCCAAGAAAACUGAGGGGUACUCCGGAGCUGAUAUUUCUGUCCUGGUUAGAGAUGCUCUAAUGCAACCUGUAAGGAAAGUCCAAACAGCUACCCAUUUUCGUAAGGUGCGAGGUCCAUCCAGAGAUGACCCAAAUAUAAUUGUUGAUGAUUUGUUGACCCCUUGUUCACCUGGCUCUCCAGGAGCUAUUGAAAUGUCGUGGAUGGAUGUACCUGGAGAGAAGCUGUUGGAGCCAGUUGUCACCAUGAGUGACGUUUUGUUAUCAUUGGCUAAUUCAAAACCUACAGUUAAUGAUCACGACUUGGUAAAACUAAAGUUAUUCAUGGAUGAUUUCGGACAGGAAGGUUAGCAGAAAGCUAAAGUCUAUUUCAAAGUUUACUGACUUUGUGUCAUGGCUAAGAAUGGAAACAUUAUGAAACUCCAAGAAGAAAGGGACAUUGGUGUAUGAAAAAUAAAUUAAUCUUCUUAUAUCUUGAAUUUUAUGACAUACUUUCAGUAUAGAUUUGUCAGUGAGACAUUUCAGUAAUAUAAAAUUGUUAUACCAUAGUUAUAAAAAGCUGAUUGCAAUGAAUCACUAGGUCAUUCAACAAGACUUUCCAAUCACAGAUUGUUUUUUUAAAGAGUUUAGAUCAUCAUGAACUUAUAAACUAUAAACAUAUUAUGAAUCAUAAAAGGUUUUUCUCAAAUUUCUUACAUUUAUUUCUGCUAGUAGAGAAACUGACAUGAAUGAAAAAUUCUUUAGUGCAAGUUUAAAAAUCAAUUUUUUUCUUAUGAUUUAGUGUGUUUAUCUUUAACCUACAAAAACUAUUAAUUUUAAUAAAUUCAUAGCAUCAGUAAAUGAUCUAAAUGUUACAGGAAGAAGAUGCUAGUAAUUUGUUUAAGUAUUAUAAUGAUGUUGUAAAAUCUCUAUUAGAGUGUUGAGAGAAAACUAUUUAACUUAACACAAAUCACAUAAAUUUUAAGAAACUUAGAUACUACCAGUUCCAGGGUUAUGUGCCAGGAAGAAAAUAGUGUGUUUCAAGUUACUUUGACUUCAAAGUAACUUGUCUACAAGACCAAGUCCAAAACAUUCAACUGAUCCUACCAUAAAUUUAAAAUCACUGUAUUUAAAAUGUAUCUGACAGCAGUAUCUUUUGCAUAGUAAAUAGAUAUAUAUAUAUAAAGCUAUCACUUCUUCAACUAGCGUGUUAGCUCUCUCUGUCUUGCCUGUUUCCCUUCCUGGCUCAUGGCCUUGUUAUCCUCUGUAAAUAUUGGUAAUGUGUACCUAUGUAUUUUAUUGCUAAAAUUUGAAAUAAAAUGUUUAUGUACCUCUGA